CAGCUUUGCUUUGCAAAGGUGUGUGCGAAAUUUUGAAAUCAAAGCAAGAAAGAAAACGCUGGGGUAAAGCUGGAUUAAAGCUUAGCGAGAAAGCUUUAUAGUAAUAUGAGUACAAGUGUAUCUGUUCCUGAAGGCUUUAGUGAGCUCUUGGAAGAGUUUGCUGUCACUGUUCUGAGGGAGAAACCUGCUGAUUUGAUUGAAUUUGCUGCCCAGUAUUUCAACAACUUGCACAUGUCUCGGAAGCAAGGAGGUGGUGCUACUGUGGUACAGGCUGCGUCUGAACAAGCCAGCACUGCUGAAGUGGAGAUGGCUGCUGAAGAUUCAGAAGACGAGGGCUUUGAGCCCCCACCAGCCUCGUACAGAGCUGGAAUGGACCUCAGAAGAAAGUCGGUAUUUGCCGAAUCUUACGAGCCUGGGGACGAUGACUCUGCCGUGGAAAAGAUUGUUCAUCCAAAGUCAGACGAUCAGCGUAGGAGUCUAGCCAAUGCUGUGUCCAAGAUAUUUUUGUUUCGAAGUUUGGACAAGGAGCAGACCCUUGAAGUGCUAGAUGCCAUGUUUGAGAAGAAGGUGGUUUCUGGGGAUCAGCUUAUAGAACAGGGAGAUGAUGGUGACAAUUUCUACGUUAUUGAAAGUGGAGUGUAUGAUGCACUGGUCGGCAAAAAUGGAGAGGAACCUAAAGUGGUGUUUACGUACAACAACGAGGGAAGCUUUGGCGAGCUGGCUCUCAUGUACAAUACUCCAAGAGCUGCCACAGUUGUUGCUAAGACAGAGGGUACUCUCUGGGCUCUGGAUAGAGUUAUCUUCAAGAAAAUCAUUUGUGGAUCUGCUAGCCGAAAGCGCCAAAUGUACCAGACAUUCUUAGAGUCAGUUCCAAUGCUCAAAACACUCGAAGUGUAUGAAAUGAUGAAUUUGGCUGAUGCCCUAGAGAGAAGAUACUACAGCGAUGGGGACUGUAUUAUCAAACAAGGUGUCUCUGCAGAUGCUUUCUAUAUCGUAGAAGAUGGUACUGUGAAGAUCACCAAAGAAGACCCUAACAACCCAGGCAAAAUGGUUGAUCUGAAUACCUGUACUAAGGGACAAUACUUUGGAGAGUUGGCUUUAAUCACAAACAAGCCAAGGGCAGCAUCAGUGUUUGCUGUUGGGGAUAUCACAUGUGCUGUGCUUGAAAUUGGAGCUUUUGAGCGUCUCCUUGGACCGUGUAUGGAUGUCAUGAAGAGAAAUUUCCAGCACUAUGAAGAACAACUGAUGCAACUGUUUGGGACCACCAUGGACAUUUCAGACACUCGUUAACUGCCACCUAGUUAGAUUAUUAUCCUUGGUCUCUUAGUAUUAUUCCCUGAGAUUGGUAAUGUUUGUUAGUGCUUAUAUACAUUGUAAUUAUUAUUGUUGA